AUGGGAGGGUGGUGGAAGCUCACAUGUGCCCUUUUGCUACUCCUCUCCGCCGUAGCCACCGCCACUGACCACAUUGUGGGUGCCAAUCGUGGCUGGAACCCUGGCAUCAACUACACUCUUUGGGCCAACAACCACACUUUCUAUGUCGGCGACCUUAUCUCAUUCAGGUACCAAAAGAACCAAUACAAUGUGUUUGAGGUGAACCAAACUGGGUAUGACAACUGCACCUUGGAUGGGGCAGUGGGGAAUUGGAGCAGUGGCAAGGAUUUCAUACCCCUGAAUAAGGCAAAGAGAUAUUACUUCAUUUGUGGGAAUGGCCAAUGCUUCAGUGGAAUGAAGGUGUCUGUUCUUGUCCAUCCUCUUCCUUCUCCUCCCUCUGCAGUUGCUGCUGAACAUUCAACGCCACACUCUGCUUCUCCUCUGCUCCUCCCACGCUCUCUACUGCUUUCUUAUGUUCUGGCUUGCUUUGGAUUUGUUUGGAUGUAG